AUGAAGGGGGGAGGUCGCGGUGAGCGCGAGCAGGCGACCGCGAGGGCGCGGAGGUCAGUCGCGGCGGCGCGCCGGCCGGCCGCGAGUGCGCGAGGGUCGGCCGCGGCUCCGCGUCGGUCGUCCGCGUCAGCGCGGGCGGCCGCGUGGCUCCGCGUCGGCCGUCCGCGUCAGCGCGAGGGUCGGCCGCGUGGCUUCGCGGUGGCCGUCCGCGUCAGCGUGGGGAUCGGCGCCGCUCGCGUGCUGGCCGUCCGCGCUGGCGCGCAGGUCGUCGAUGGCUCCGCGCUGGCCGUGCGCGUCGGUGCGCGGGGUGCUCGUGGCCGCGUGCUGGCCGUCCGCGACGGCUUGCUGGCCGUCCGCGACGGCUUGCUGGCCGUCCGCGACGGCUUGCUGGCCGUCCGCGACGGCUUUCUGGCCGUCCGCAACGGCGCGCGGGUCGUCCGCGACGGAAGGCGUGAGGGAGGCGUGACUGCGGGAGAGAGGAUUGAGGCCACGGGAGAGCGGUUGGAGGCCGCGAGAGGGAGGAUUGGGGCCGCGGGAGGGAGGAUUGAGGCCGCGGGAGGGAGGAUUGAGGCCGCGGAGGACAACGCAGCAGAGCGCGCGAGCAACGCAGCAGAGCGCGCGAGCAACGCAGCAGAGCGCGCGAGCAACGCAGCAGAGCGUGCGAGCAACGCAGCAGAGCGUGCGAGCAACGCAGCAGAGCAUGCUAGCAACGCAGCAGAGCGUGCUAGCAACGCAGCAGAGCGUGCUAGCAACGCAGCUGAGCGUGCUAGCAACGCAGCUGAGCGUGCUAGCAACGCAGCAGAGCGUGCUAGCAACGCAGCAGAGCGUGCUAGCAACGCAGCAGAGCGUGCUAGCAACGCAGCACAGCGCGCGAGCAACGCAGCUGAGCGUGCGAGCAACGCAGCAGAGCGCGCGAGCAACGCAGCAGAGCGCGCUAGCAACGCAGCAGAGCGCGCUAGCAACGCAGCAGAGCGCGCUAGCAACGCAGCAGAGCGCGCUAGCAACGCAGCAGAGCGCGCUAGCAACGCAGCAGAGCGCGCUAGCAACGCAGCUGAGGGUGCCAGCAACGCAGCAGAGCUUGCGAGCAACGCAGCAGAGCGUGCCAGCAACACAGCAGAGCGUGCCAGCAACACAGCAGAGCGUGCUAGCAACGCAGCAGAGCGUGCUAGCAACGCAGCUGAGCGUGCUAGCAACGCAGCUGAGCGUGCUAGCAACGCAGCAGAGCGUGCUAGCAACGCAGCAGAGCGUGCUAGCAACGCAGCAGAGCGUGCUAGCAACGCAGCAGAGCGCGCUAGCAACGCAGCAGAGCGCGCUAGCAACGCAGCAGAGCGCACGAGCAACGCAGCAGAGCGCGCGAGCAACGCAGCAGACGCGCUAGCAACGCAGCAGAGCGCGCUAGCAACGCGCGCUAGCAACGCAGCGGAGCGUGCUAGCAACGCAGCGGAGCGUGCUAGCAACGCAGCGGAGCGUGCUAGCAACGCAGCGGAGCGUGCUAGCAACGCAGCAGAGCGUGCUAGCAACGCAGCUGAGCGUGCUAGCAACGCAGCUGAGCGUGCUAGCAACGCAGCAGAGCGUGCUAGCAACGCAGCAGAGCGUGCUAGCAACGCAGCAGAGCCUGCUAUCAACGCAGCAGAGCGUGCUAGCAACGCAGCAGAGCGUGCUAGCAACGCAGCAGAGCGUGCUAGCAACGCAGCAGAGCGUGCUAGCGACGCAGCAGAGCGUGCUAGCGACGCAGCAGAGCGUGCUAGCAACGCAGCAGAGCGUGCUAGCAACGCAGCAGAGCGUGCUAGCAACGCAGCAGAGCGUGCUAGCAACGCAGCAGAGCGCGCGAGCAACGCAGCAGAGCGCGCGAGCAACGCAGCAGAACGCGCGAGCAACGCAGCAGAGCGCGCUAGCAACGCAGCAGAGCGUGCGAGCAACGCAGCAGAGCGUGCUAGUAACGCAGCAGAGCGUGCGAGCAACGCAGCAGAGCGUGCGAGCAACGCAGCAGAGCGUGCUAGCAACGCAGCAGAGCGUGCUAGCAACGCAGCUGAGCGUGCUAGCAACGCAGCAGAGCAUGCUAGGAACGCAGCAGAGCGUGCUAGCAACGCAGCAGAGCGUGCUAGCAACGCAGCAGAGCGUGCUAGCAACGCAGCAGAGCGUGCUAGCAACGCAGCAGAGCGUGCGAGGAACACAGCAGAGCGUGCUAGUAACGCAGCAGAGCGUGCUAGUAACGCAGCAGAGCUUGCGAGCAACGCAGCAGAGCGUGCUAGCAACGCAGCAGAGCGUGCUAGCAACGCAGCAGAGCGUGCUAGCAACGCAGCAGAGCGUGCUAGCAACGCAGCAGAGCGUGCUAGCAACGCAGCAGAGCGUGCUAGCAACGCAGCAGAGCGUGCUAGCAACGCAGCAGAGCGUGCUAGCAACGCAGCAGAGCGUGCUAGCAACGCAGCAGAGCGUGCUAGCAACGCAGCAGAGCGUGCUAGCAACGCAGCAGAGCGUGCUAGCAACGCAGCAGAGCGUGCUAGCAACGCAGCAGAGCGUGCUAGCAACGCAGCAGAGCGUGCUAGCAACGCAGCAGAGCGUGCUAGCAACGCAGCAGAGCGUGCUAGCAACGCAGCAGAGCGCGCGAGCAACGCAGCAGCAGAGCGCGCUAGCAACGCAGCAGAGCGCGCUAGCAACGCAGCAGAGCGCGCUAGCAACGCAGCAGAGCGCGCUAGCAACGCAGCAGAGCGCGCUAGCAACGCAGCAGAGCGCGCUAGCAACGCAGCAGAGCGCGCUAGCAACGCAGCGGGGCGUGCUAGCAACGCAGCGGAGCGUGCUAGCAACGCAGCGGAGCGUGCUAGCAACGCAGCGGAGCGUGCUAGCAACGCAGCAGAGCGUGCUAGCAACGCAGCAGAGCGUGCUAGCAACGCAGCAGAGCGUGCUAGCAACGCAGCAGAGCGUGCUAGCAACGCAGCAGAGCGUGCUAGCAACGCAGCAGAGCGUGCUAGCAACGCAGCAGAGCGUGCUAGCAACGCAGCAGAGCGUGCUAGCAACGCAGCAGAGCGUGCUAGCAACGCAGCAGAGCGCGCGAGCAACGCAGCAGCAGAGCGCGCUAGCAACGCAGCAGAGCGCGCUAGCAACGCAGCAGAGCGCGCUAGCAACGCAGCAGAGCGCGCUAGCAACGCAGCAGAGCGCGCUAGCAACGCAGCAGAGCGUGCUAGCAACGCAGCAGAGCGUGCUAGCAACGCAGCAGAGCGUGCUAGCAACGCAGCAGAGCGUGCUAGCAACGCAGCAGAGCGUGCUAGCAACGCAGCAGAGCGUGCUAGCAACGCAGCAGAGCGUGCUAGCAACGCAGCAGAGCGUGCUAGCAACGCAGCAGAGCGUGCUAGCAACGCAGCAGAGCGCGCGAGCAACGCAGCAGAGCGCGCGAGCGACGCAGCAGAGCGCGCUAGCAACGCAGCAGAGCGCGCUAGCAACGCAGCAGAGCGCGCUAGCAACGCAGCAGAGCGCGCUAGCAACGCAGCAGAGCGCGCUAGCAACGCAGCAGAGCGCGCUAGCAACGCAGCAGAGCGUGCUAGCAACGCAGCAGAGCGUGCUAGCAACGCAGCAGAGCGUGCUAGCAACGCAGCAGAGCGUGCUAGCAACGCAGCUGAGCGUGCUAGCAACGCAGCUGAGCGUGCUAGCAACGCAGCGGAGCGUUUUAGCAACGCAGCGGAGCGUGCUAGCAACGCAGCAGAGCGUGCUAGCAACGCAGCUGGUGAUGGGUGGGGUUGA